UUUCAAUUGUUUUGAUUGAAGUAAACUAUGCUGACAUUGUAAAUUAUUUAAUAUUAUUUUAUACGUACAGCUCUUCACAUAACUUUGCCAUAUCAAUAAACAAAAGUUACGAUGGACACAAAAAUAAAAAAAUUCUGUCCGAGUUGUAAUCAGUGCUAUUUUUUAAAAGCUUUGGGAUCAAACACCAAGUCUAAUAUACCAUUAUUUCUAUCAUGUGGGCACACAAUGUGUGAAAACUGUGUUAGUAACAUAGUGAAAUUUGCAGAGCCUAUUGAAUGUAAAGUAUGCCACCAGGAUAUGCAAGUGGAUACUAAUGAUUUGGCUCUAUUAAUGAAGAACAAGAUUUCUUUGUAUAACUUAUUUCCUGUCAAUAUAUUUAUGGUUGGCGAGUUAACAUUGGAAACUAUCGAGGAAAGAAAAAAAAAAGUCAAUACUGAUGAAUAUUACAUAGAUACCAAAGGUAUUCUACAAAAUAACAAUUCAGCUCAAGGAGAGUGUGUGGAGUGUCGUGCACCAACACAUAAAAUGUGUAAACAAUGUGGAAUCAUAGUUUGUGACAAUUGCUUUAAUAAAAGUCAUAAGAACUUUGUAAUUUUCAGAAACCAUAUUCUUCGUAACAUAGAAGGAAAUAUACAGAAAAAUAAUUGUAUGUUACAUCAGGAGAAACAACUUGACUAUUACUGUAAAAAUUGUAUGAAAGCUAUUUGUAUGGACUGUUUCAUGGUGGGAGGUAAAAAGUCAUGUAAAAACCAUGAUGUUGUACCCAUACAAGAAGUGAAUGAAGAGUUUCUGACUGAGUUAACUAAUAUUACCCCUAAAGUGGAUGAAGUUUUAAGAAGACUAAGUAGAACUGCUGUUGACAUUGGACAUUUACUGACAAAACUAAAUGAUGAAAGUAAUUCAACUGAAUACACAACAACAAUAAGUAAUAUUGAGCAGCAUUUCUCAAAACUCACUUUAAUUAUGCAAAAUAAAAAAUACGAAACUAUAAAUAAAGUGCUACAGUUAAAAUUCAGUGAGCAAGAUUCUCUGAUAAAGGCCAAACAUGUUAUUUCUGAUGCCCUUAAAAAAACAAAUAAUACAUUAAAUACUAUAAAUUCUUUGGAUCCAAAAAAAUUGAAAGAGAUAAACAUGCCUGCUAUCUUAGAAGAAGCUAGACAGAUUACCAAAAUACCUUGGUAUUUACACAGAAGUGAUUCUGAAAGAACCUUAAAUUUAACUUUCAAUGAAGAAAUAUUAUCAUCAAUAGAGAACUACAUACAGUUAGAAGGAAAAGAGACAUCAAAAUAUGAACUUCUUACAAGUGAAAUGUUGAAUGAGAAUAAUGAAGUAAUACCGGUAGCCCCAGUGUCAAUAGUUUAUCCACCGAAGAUUACUAGAGAUGUAAGACAGCUUCCUAAUCAAACUCAACCGAAAACUGACAAAGAUAACUCAAAAACAGCAACAUUUCUCACGAAAGUACCAACAUACCGCAGCAAAAGUGGUUCCAGCACCUCCUUGAAUUCAAUUAAAAGUGACACGUCAUACAAGAGUUACCAGUCCUAUGAUCAAAAGUCAAAAGUGGAUGCUGCUACUGCAUAUACUGACAGUCAACUCAUGCAGCCAUUUUUAGAAGGCUCGCAGGAGCUGAUCUACGUGUCGCACAUCGUGGACCCGCACCAGCUGUUCGUGCAGCGCGCCAGCCUGCAGGGCCGCGUGGAGGAGCUGCUGCGCGAGUUCCGCAACGCCGUGUCGCUGCCGCAGCCCUCGCUCGCGCACGUCGCUGAAGGCAAAUUUUAUCUGGUGUUCAAUAAAGCAGAUAACUUAUGGCAGAGAUGUCGGGUAAUGAGCAUCGACAGACGAGAUGUCAACAAACCCAUCUUUCACGUAUUCUGCAUAGAUUUCGGUUGCACUGAAGUCGUUUCAAUUGACAAGUUGCGUCUGAUACCGCCUGCUCGAAUCGCGUUUCCGCCGCCGUUUGCUGUGUGCUGUUCUCUCGCCAAUUGUGAGCCUAUCAACGGGUCUUGGACCAGUGAUGACUCUUUCUUCAUACAGAACAUUAUUGACAACAAGCAGGCGGUGCUGCACGUGCGGCGCGUGCUGGCGGCGGCGGGCGGCGCGGCGGGCGGCGCGGCGCGCGUGCAGGCGGACGUGAGCACGUUCGAGCACGGCGUGAGUCUGGCGCACGCGCUCGCCUUCCACGGCCGCGCGCGCCUGCCCGACAAGCUACCCUAUCCCAAAAUCAAGGGAAUCACCGAAAAACCGAAAAUAUUUAUAAACAACAAAAAUUUCCAAAAUAAUGCCGUCGAAGAAGUUUACAUAACACACGUAGUAAGCCCGGAUAAUUUCUUCGUUAGGAAGCGUCAUCUUCAGAGCGUUUUCGAAAAGUUGUGUGAAGAUUUGGAAGAAGAGUAUAGUUUGAGUGUGAACACCGGCAGUAUUUACUUACCUGAAAAGGACAUGGUGUGCGUGGCGCACGUGGAGCAGUGCGGCGUGCGCGGCGGCGCGUGGGCGCGCGCAGUGGUGCGCGAGCUGCCGGGCCGCGUGCGCGUGCGUGCGCUGCUGCCCGACGUGGGCGCCACGGUGCUGCUGCACUGGACCGCGCUGCGCCGCAUCCUGCCCAAGUUCACCGUGCUGCGCGCGCUCGCCACCGAGUGUCACCUGGCCGGGGUGACGCCCCUCAAUAAGAAGUGGAGCCCGGCCUCUGUGGCGCUGUUGCAAAAAUUUGAGGACCGCCUCUUGGACCUACACGUAGAGGAGAGUCGAAACAGAAGUUCGCUUGGAGUGACUCUUUAUGAUAAAUCGGAUGAAGAAAAUAUCGUUUGCAUUAACACGCAGAUGAUUAAAAAUAAAUUUGCUGUCACUUUUGGAUUAUAUAAGUUUAACAAAAACACAGAAACUGAUGAAUUAGUCUUUACGAACAAAUGUCCAUUAGACGAGCCGAAACUUAAGCCCGAACUUAUAAAGAAGGAUACCGGUACGACAUUAAAAAUACAACCGACGAAACCAAACGAGGAGGAUCUCGAUGCGAAAGACAAGGGGCCGUUAAGAUUGGAAGUAAAAAUAUUGAAUUACCAAUCACCUUCUCUUAUUUACGUGUCGCUCGUCCACCAGCAGAAAAUAUUCACUGAGCUAUUUGAUAAUAUACAAAAAUACUACACUAAAAAGAAAACCCAAGAAAAAAGAGAUUGGAAGAUCGAAGACAGAUGUUGUACAGUAUGCAGUCAGUCGCAAACCUGGCGUCGCGCAGCCAUCCUGGAAAUAGUUGAUGCAAAUGCGAAAGUGUUCUAUUCCGACUUUGCUUACGUCGAAACUGUGCCAAUCUCUAGUUUAAGAGAAAUUCCUCAAGAAUUUGCCUCAAUAGGUGACGCUGCAGUGAUGUGCCAUCUUUGCGGAGUCGUGCCCGCCGUAGGAGAGGAGUGGCCGUCUCUCACCAAAGAAUAUUUAAAAGAACUACUCGAAGCUUACAAAAGAGUUUUCAUCACGAAACUUGGGAAAUUUAAAGGCAAAAGUAUGCCAGUGGAAUUAUGGGUCUAUCAUACGAUCCAAGGUGGUGCACUCGAGGCUAAUACUUCUGAGUGGAGAUGCUUAAAUAAAAAGAUCAUCGACCAAGGACUAGGAAUACCAGAUAAGAGUCAAGAGCUUAGUGACAGCGAUAAAACUUCCAAAAAUACUGCAGAUGACAUGCUAUCCUUUCUAAAUAUUACGGGGUCUGUGCAUGAUUGGCUUCAAAUAGAACCAAUGCCUUUGAAACCUCUUCAAAUUAAUCCUGAGUCAGACAGUAACUCAUCUACUCCCAUCGACGACGAUGCACUGAACACGGAAGCAGAUAACCACAAUUCAAACACUGUUUUUAUAUCAGACUGGCUACCUCCUGAACCGUUACCCAGUAAUGAAAUCACAGCUAUGCCAACAUACAUCGACAACGACGGUAUAAUCUACUUACACGAUAUCGCACAGCAGGAUACAUUGGAUUUGAUACGUAAAGCACUCGAUGUUCGUUUCAAUAAUCCAGAUCCCAAGGCGAAAUAUGUUAAAUGGACCGUUGGCGAACCAUGUAUCGCUCUAUUCUUUUUAGACAAUCGCUUUUACAGAGGUAGAGUCUUAGAAGUAAACGACGAAGCUUCUAGUUGUCUAAUACAUUACGUUGACUACGGCAACGAAGAAGUCUGUAGUUUUAAAAACUUAAGGAAAAGCGUAGUUUUACACCAAAUUCCCAUACAGGCCCACAAAUGUGUCCUAAAUCGUAUUCGACCUGCUGGAAAUUGGUGGGAUAGACAAUCUUUAGAUUAUAUACACAAAUCAAUUGUCGAGAAGCAAUGCUAUGUUAAAGUCAGUGGGGAACCAAUAGGUGAUCUUAUUCCUAUAGAGCUAAAGUAUGACAAACUGUGGAUCAAUGAUCAUCUCGUUGACUUCGAGAUGGCGGUAUAUACGGACGGUUCUAAAGCGGUUGUUCGUAAGUUUGCGCCACCAGCGAAAGAAAGUAAAAAGUUAGAAACAAGUAUCGAAACUGAUUCCGGGCCCGAUAAUAUUGUUGAAUAUGAAGAUUUAGAGACUCAGUCCACCGAUUCGCAAACUUCUGCUAACCUAAAUACUAUAGAAGGGAAAGAUUGGAAUAGUAUUAUGGCCGAAGAUGGUAAACAAUUUAUAAAUAGAAAUUUUAUGUCUUAUUUACCGUACAAGCAAACUGAGUUUACAUGCAAUAUUACAGUGCUUAAUGAAAUAAACAAAUUAGAGUUGAGCGUGAUUCACGAUGACGAAACUACCAAGGCUUACGAUGAAAUGUUCAAAGAAUUGCAAAGUGAAAGUAGUAAAAUGACUGCACUAAACGGUAUCUUUGAAAAUAAAGCUUGCUUGGCCUUAUUUCCUGAUGAUGGUCAAUGGUAUAGAGCAAUAAUCCUGCAAUAUAGCGAAGCUAAAAAUCGUAUAAAAGUCAAAUAUGUUGAUUAUGGUAACAUAGAAAUUAUUUCAUUAGCAGAUGUGAGAGAAAUUAGCAAAAAAUACACAAAGUUACCGCCUGCAACAAUAACUGUUACCUUACAUGGCGUAAGAAUUAAUCCUGAUUUAGAAAAUAAAAUACUCUAUGAAUAUUUAAUAGAUACAUUCAUGGAAAAGGGACCAUUUAAAGCAACAUUGAUUGACACAACAGACGUAAUACCGACUGUUGAAUUAAGAAACGAUAAUGGACAGUUAGUAUAUAAAAAACUCAUUCAAGAAAAUGUGUAUUUAAAAUGCGAUUAGGUUAUUUUUUUCUCUUAAAAACGAAUCUUUAAUCCUACAUUUAAUGACAGAAGUUAGUUUUAUUUUUCAUAUUAUUACUUUUAGUGCUAUUUCUAAAUAAAAGUUCUUAAAAAAAUUAAAAUUGUAUUUAUGAUUAAGAAUA